AUGUCUGACGUAAUCCUAAAUUUUAUUGCUGGUGGUGUCGGUGGCUCAUGUACGGUGAUCGUUGGUCAUCCGUUCGACACCGUGAAGGUUCGGCUACAAACGAUGCCUCGACCAAAGCCUGGAGAGCCACCGUUGUUCAGAGGCGCACUGGACUGUGUCAAACAAACGAUCGCCAAAGAAGGUUUUUUCGCUCUAUAUAAGGGUAUGGCUGCUCCUUUAGCUGGAGUAAGUCCCCUAUUUGCGAUUUUCUUCGCCGGCUGUGCUGUUGGUAGACAUUUGCAGACGACACAUCCAGACCAGGAAAUGACAUUCAUCCAGAACGUGAACAGUGGUGCCCUAGCCGGUGUUUUCACGACCAUCGUCAUGGUACCGGGCGAGCGAAUCAAGUGCCUGCUGCAGGUACAAUCUCAUGGUACUGCACCAUCAGGAGUUCAUUACAAUGGCCCAUUGGAUGUGGUGAAGAAGCUGUACAAACAAGGUGGACUCACCAGUAUCUACAGAGGAACGGGCGCGACCCUUUUGAGAGAUAUACCAGCAAGUGCAGCGUACCUCUCAGUGUACGAGUUCCUCAAAAAGAAGUUUUCUGGUGAAGGUGCUCAACGUACAUUGUCACCUGGAGCAACAUUGUUGGCCGGUGGACUCGCAGGAAUCGCAAAUUGGUCAGUUUGUAUUCCUGCGGAUGUGCUAAAAUCACGCCUUCAAACUGCUCCAGAAGGUAAAUAUCCAGAUGGAAUACGAGGCGUAUUCAGGGAAGUGAUGCGAGAAGAGGGCCCGAGAGCACUGUUCAAGGGUUUCACUCCAGUAAUGCUUCGUGCCUUCCCAGCUAAUGCCGCAUGUUUCUUCGGCCUGGAACUGACCCUUGCCCUGUUCCGGCUGGUUGGCUUGGGAGUAAACAAGACUAAGGAGAUCGAAGAGAUUUGUGUACAUACUUUGCCGCACGUUAUAAGCAUGUGUUACAGCUAA